AUGCCCGCCGCGAGACCACGUCCGUCCAACAGUCCGGAGCGCGCCUCGAAGAAGGCCAAGCCUGCCCCCGCCAUCAACUUUCCGGACGCUGCUGCCCGCACGGCCCUUCGUCAGUCCUACGACGCAUCGACCCCGUUCAAGCACACGAUCGUCAACAACCUCCUCAGCGAUGAGCUCCUCGAGUCCGUAGUCGAGGAGGCUGGCAGCUAUGGCAUGCGCGGAGAGGACAGCGCGCUGCCGGGAUGGGGCUGGGAGCAGAAGCAGACUGACAUUUACACUAUCCAACAAACGCCAGACCUGUCGUCACUAGACCCCAACCAUCUGCCGGAGGAGACGCUGAACGGCCUCCCGAACAUCACGCGCCUCAAGAAUGCGCUCUACUCGGACGAGUUCCGUCAGUUUGUGCAGGACGUGACUGGCUGCGGACCGUUGUCGGCGAAGAAGAAUGACGGCUCGGUUGCGCUGUACACCAAGGGAUCCCACCUGCUCCUUCACGACGACUCGAUCUCGACGCGUGUCAUCUCCUACAUUCUCUACCUUCCCAACUCUCCCAAUGACGCCCCGCCGUCCGAGUUCUCCAAGCCGUCCGAGUGCGGCAAGUUCCAGAAGGGCUGGGACCCGAAAUGGGGUGGAUCGCUCGAGCUGUUCCCGGUCGAGAACGGUGAGGAGCGCGGCCUGCCUUCGGCCAAGGCGAUCGCCAGGGUCCCGGCUUCGUGGGGACAGAUUGUCUUCUUCCAGGUCAAGCCCGGACGCAGCUACCACAGUGUGGAGGAGGUCAUUGUCGGUGACGGACGGAUGCGCCUGGGUGUCUCUGGCUGGUUCCACCGUCCCGAGAAGGGCGAGCCGGGCUACGGCGAGUUUGACGAGGAGAAGGAGAUGCAGGCUCUCAGUUCGCUCGCGCAGAUCACUUCUGCGCCCAUGUUCCCGCUGGUCCCUUACACGACUGAACCCCCGCUUGGAUUGAAGCCUGUGCACAUCAACUUCCUCAAAAAGUUCCUGAAGGACUCGUACUUGUCUCGGGAGAUGCUCGAGAAGCUUGCCGGCCAGUUUGUCGCCUCGUCCGAGGCUGUCCUGCACCACUUCCUCAACCCCGAGCUCGCCGCCAAGAUCAAGAAGGAGUGCGAGGAGGCCGACAAGCGCGACUACCCCGACCGCCUGAUCCCCAAGCAGGAGUGCGGUGAGGGUGACGGCUGGACGCUCCAGGGCCCCAGCAGCAAGCACCGCUACGCCUCGCUCACGGGCAACUCGGAGCACAUGCCCGCCCUGCAGUCUGUUCUCCGGGAUCUGAUUCCCUCCGAGGCGUUCCGCGCUUGGCUCUCGGUCGUUUCGUCGCUCAUGCCCAUGGCCUACCGUUCCGAGGCUCGCCGCUUCCGCCGUGGACUCGACUACACGCUCGCUGCGGGUGAGGCGUCCGCCGGUGAGGUCCGCCUCGACGCGAGCCUUGCCCUCACGCCGUGGGCCGAUGUCCCUCCCGGAAGCGACGAGGAGGAGGCUAUCCUCGAGACGGGCGGUUGGGAGUGCUACCUCCCUGCGCCUGACGCCGACGAGGACCCCGCCGUCUACCAGUCCGCUCUCGCCAAGAAGGCAAAGGAGGCGCUGCCCAACCUCGAGGCCGACAUGGCUGUCGCCGAGGACAAGAAGGCCGCUGAGAAGGCUGCCGAGAAGCCCGCCGAGAAGAAGGCUGCCGCCGCCGAGCCCGAGGCCGAGGCGAAGACGAACGGCGCCAACGGCAAGACGAACGGCGCGAACGGCGCCGAGGCCGACGGCGACGCCAAGAUGGCUGCUGCCGCGGCGGACGACGACAAGCCCAAGCCGUCGAUCUCGAUGGGCGGCGUCGAGCUCGAGUUUGACCCGGACCAGUUCAGCGACUCGGACUUUGACUCAGUCGGCGACGACGACGAGGGCCCCCUCCUCACCAUGGGCCCUGGCUUCAACCGUCUCUCGCUUGUCCUGCGCGACCCCGGCGUCAUGCGUUUCGUCAAGUACCUCUCUGCGAACGCGCCCGGCUCGCGAUGGGACAUUGACGCCGAGUGGGAGGUCGGCAUGAUGGAGGAGGACGAGGAGGAGAUUGUCGUCGUCGAGGGCCAGGGCGACGAGUGUCCUGCCUAA